ACUUGUCCUCUGCUCAGGGUCCUGCUAUCAGGAACCCUUACCAUCAACUUGUGUUUUCUGUUUUUUUUUUUUUUUUUCUAUUUUCCAGCUGUGCUGGAACAGCUCAUUCCUGAGCUUACAGGAUUACUCAGUCUUUUGGACCAUGAGGACCUGAGUGAAGCUACCUUGGAGAAGAAAAUUGCUGUUUCAGACAUUCUGAAGAACAUACAGCCUCUUCCAGGAAAAGAGAUGUCUUACAUGUAUAUGAACACAGCUGACUUAUAUUCUGGACCUAGUUUUGUGGAGUCUCUUUUUGAAGAAUUUGACUGUGCCCUGAGCAACCUUCAGAAUAUGCAUGAAGAUGAUGGGGAGGUUGAUGGAGACAACUUGGAGCCAGCAACAAGUCAGUUGCUGAGAAAAUCAUCAGAUCCUCCUCCACCACUUCCCACUAAUCCUCCUCCAGAAGAUGACUAUGAAGAAGCCCUUCCUCUGAGUCCAGGCAAGACACCUGAGUACAUCAGCUCUCAUAAUGGUUCAAGCCCACCCAACUCCAUUGUGGAUGGUUACUAUGAGGAUGCAGACAGCAGCUACCCCAUGACCAGGAUUAAUGGAGAGCAGAAGAAUUCUUAUAAUGACUCAGAUGCCAUGAGCAGCUCUUAUGAAUCCUAUGAUGAUGAAGAAGAGGAUGGAAAGGGGCAGCAAUUAACUCAUCAGUGGCCUUCAGAGGAAGCUUCCAUGCACCUGGUGAAAGAUUGUAGAAUCUGUGCCUUCCUACUACGGAAAAAACGCUUUGGCCAGUGGGCCAAGCAACUGACUCUUAUCAGGGACAAUCAGCUGUUGUGUUACAAAAACUCCAAGGACCACCAGCCCCACCUGAAGCUGGCUCUGGGAGUCUGUAAUGUCAUUUAUGUGCCCAGGGAUGGACGUCGCAAGAAACACGAGCUACGCUUCUCUCUGGGUGGUACAGAGGCCCUGGUUUUGGCUGUACAGAGCAAGGAACAGGCUGAAGAAUGGCUGAAGGUUAUAAAAGAGGUGAGCAAGUCUUGUGGAGGAGCAGAUGGAACAGAGGAACCCAAGUCUCCCGUUUUCCAGCACAAACUAGACUUAGACAAGAGAUUAUCCCCAGAUAAGCAGACAUCAGACUCAGACAGCAUCAGCACAGAAGGCUGUUCAACCAAUAGUCGCCGUGAACAAGGAGACCCUGGAAGAGGCAAGAAGAGCAGCCUGGCGGAACUGAAGGGCUCUGUCAGCCGUGCCGCUGGCCGGAAGAUUAACCGCAUCAUUAGCUUCUCCAAGAAGAAGUCACUGACUGAAGAUGCCCAGAUGUCCCCAGCGGAGGAAGGGGUCCCAAACUUUGGUUACUUGAACGUCUUGGGAAAUCAGUGCUGGAAGGAACGCUGGUGUCGUCUCAAAGGCAACAUAUUAUAUUUCCACAAGGACCGCACAGACCUCCGGACCCAUGUAAAUGCCAUCACUCUUCAGGGCUGUGAGGUUGUGCCAGGUUUUGGCCCCAAACAUCCAUUUGCUUUCAGGAUUCUCCGUGGACGGCAGGAGAUCUCUAUCUUGGAGGCAAGCUGUUCUGAAGAUAUGGGCCGCUGGUUGGGGCUGCUGCUGGCUGAAACAGGCUCCAGAGUACCUCCUGAGGCCCUGCACUAUGACUAUGUAGAUGUGGAGACGAUAGCCAGCAUUGUUAGUGCUGGGCGACACUCCUUUUUAUUUGCAAGUUCCUGUCAAGGCCAAUGGCCUGAGCCUAGGGUCUAUGAUGAGGUCCCCUAUGAGAAGAUGCAGGAUGAUGAACCUAAGCGUCCAUCUGGGGCCCAGGUGAAGCGACAUGCCUCUUCCUGCAGUGAGAAGUCAAUCCGUAUAGACCCACAAGUCAAAAUCAAGCGCCAUGCUUCCAGUGCCAAUCAAUAUAAGUAUGGGAAGAACCGGGCAGAGGAAGAUGCCCGCAGGUACCUGGUGGAAAAGGAGAAGCUGGAGACUGAGAAGAGUUUGAUUAGGAAUGAGCUAAUGACCCUACGCAAAGAGAAGAGAGAGCUAAAAGAGGCUCUGAAAAACAGUGCAGAAACAAGGUUAAAGGAUCUAGAAGAAAAGCUAGUGAUGCUAGAAGCCCAGUGCCGGGAGAAGGAGGAGAGAAGGAUUGAUCUUGAGCUGAAGCUUGUGGCCGUGAAGGAGAGCCUGAAACAAUCCCUGGCGGGAGGCCCAGCUCUUGGGCUUGCUGUGGCCAGCCAAUGCAAGACUGGAGAAACAGCAAAUAAGCCUCCCAGCCAAGAAUCUUCUCCUCCUGUCAACUGUACAUCAGAACUGAGGAAGAGAAGCCCAUCUAUCAAUGUUUCCAGCAAAGGAAAAGUGCUCCAGAAGGCCAAAGAAUGGGAAAUGAAGAAAACCUAAGAGAAACUUGAGAAAUAUAUCCUCUGGGAGUAGCAGCUUCUCCAAUCCAACCUUUCAGCCCCAUUUUUCUGAAAGCCAUAGAAAAGUACCGCUGUUUGGGAACACAUGAAGACCAUCUUCAUUUUCUUUGUUGGGGGCAGGGAGAGGGGAGGGAAGGGAGGGAAAAAGAGGUAUCUUGUUAUAGGGGACAUGAGGAGGGAGGGAUUGGAUGAAUAUGCAAGUGAUGGAAUGAAAAAGACACUGGGAUUUGAGGGGUGGGAGUGGGAAUGAAGAUUGGAGGGAAAGGACAAUUAAGUAACAAUAUCUGAUUGGCCAUUUCAUUUGAAGAAGUAAGAAACUGAUGAAUCACCUUCAUCUGAUCCUCAGAAUCCCAUUUUAAUAUCUGAAAUGAGAUAAGGAAACACUGAACUGUAUGGAAUGCCGUAAUAAGGAUAAGCUCCUCUUAUGACACUGUAAAGGGCUCCUGGGACCCUGGUAGCUACUGGAAGCAGGCUGAGACAUGGCUUGAACAACCUCCUCUAUUUUAAUCGAUGUUCAUCAGUGGCUAUGAUCCUGCAAAACUUUGUAACCUAAAUCUCACCUGACUGACAAUGCAUUGUCCUCACCAGGCCUGGGCUUGAAGUCUUUCCAUCAUGCUAGGACCUGACUAGAGCCUCUGAUAUGCUGGUAUAGCCUUGAAGGUCCCAGGGUCACUUCCACACCAUGAGGAGAUACCGGGAGAUGACUAAAAUAAUGACUUAUUUAAACUUGGGCUAAAGCUUUGCAGAAUGUGAAUCCUGUGACCCUUCAUCUUUUCCCUUUUGGGGAUUUCCUUCUGGGAAACAGGACAACUAACCAAUGGGAGUGUCUGCUGUACAUGUUAUCAACCAAAGCUGAUUGACAUGAAAGCAAAGAUCUGAAGAAGUGGUGAAAAUUUAUGCAAGUGGAUGUUUUGUGGCACAUAUUAUGCUCAGGCUAACCCUAAGGAGAGUGAUAGACAGAUACAAGGUUACCAUACUAAUAGCACAUUUACAGGCAGACACCUGCUCAUAGUCAGGCAGGAUUUGGGGUCAGAGGACCUGGGUUUGAAACCUGCUUCAGACACUUAGAAAGUGUGUGUUCUGAGGGCAGUCACUUAAUGUGACUGAGCCUCAAUUUCCUCAUCUUCAAAGUGGGGACAAUAAUAACACCUACCUCACAAAGCUUUUGUGAAAAUCAAAUGAAACAUUGUAUAUAAAGUGUUUUGGAAAUGUUAAAGUGCUAUAGAAAUAAGCUAUUAUUAUAUUUCAGCCCUGCAACUUAUAACCUGUAUGACUGGUUAGCUACUCAAACCUACAAGUUUGAUAAAAUACAAAAUAAAGGAAAGUCCCUUAACACUCAAAAUCCUGUGAAUUUAUAUACUCCAUAGGAAGAUAUGAGCCAAUGAUGCAGAUGUUUUAAUGGAGCAAACGUACAGAUGUUCUCUUUCCUGGGACUCUAUCCUAAUACCUAUCAGUCUCCUCUCUUUACAUGUGAUGCAUCUGCCAAUUAAUCUCAGAAUAGAAAUCUGCUUGAAAAGAGUUGAGAAAUCUAGGUACUCAAGAUUUCUCUUCUUUCAUCCUGAUGUGCAGCUCACUAGGGAAAAGAGCUCUUUCUCUUUCCCUUUCCCACCUUCCUGUAAAAUAGUUCAUUAUCAAAGACCAAAGGAAGCCCUGCUGAAUUAGUGUAAGCACAGUAAGGAAGUGGGGACCUUAGAUGUUGAGUGCUUAAGCAUACUGUGCCACAAGUUACUGUUUAAAAACUGUAUGCACUUUAAAAGUUUGUGUUGUUUUCCUCCAAUAAAGACAAAACUUUGUAACUUCA